UUUGUGACGCUAAGUAAUAUACUGUAUAGAAGAAUAUACCAGCUUGCUCAGUGACGUGACGGAAGCGGUGUUGUGAUGUUACAGUAAUUACUGAAGCACCACCAACUCAGGACCUGAGCAGAAAAUUGGGACUACACUUUUACUAUGAAGUCUAAAGGGUUGUUCCAAGUCUCCAAGGCCGUGUGCCUACAGGUCCUCUGUGUAAAUGAUGCAGGGGCUCGUGUCCUCACUGGACUCCAGCUGGACCGUGGAGACGAACCAGCGGCGGGAGCCCGAGGCGUUGUAGUUGAGCGUGGUGCGGUUGCGGAGCUGGUUUGUGUGAAGAUAAUCCACCAUGGCAUCAGCUAAUGUUACGCUGGAAAAUCAGCUGCACAGCGCACAGAAGAACCUGCUCUUCCUCCAGCAGGACCAUGCCAACACGCUGAAGGGGCUACACGAGGAAAUACGCAGAUUACAGCAGCAGUGCACAGACCUGACGUAUGAACUCACGGUCCGCAGCUCCGACCCCUCAGACAGUGGCGAGGUCCGGUGCCGGGAGCUUCAGAGGAAGUGCGAGGAGCUCGAGGCCGAGCUGAAGAAAAAGGAGGAGGAGAACACAGAGCUGCUUCGGGACCUGGAGCAGAAGAACGCCAUGAUUUUUGUGCUGGAAAACACCAUAAAGGAGAGGGAGAAGAAGUACCUGGAGGAGCUCAAGAUGAAGAGCCACAAGCUGGCCGUCCUGUCCGGAGAGCUGGAGCAGCGGGCGAGCACCAUCGCGUAUCUCACCUCGCAGCUUCACGCCACCAAGAAAAAGCUGUUGGGAGGCAGCUCGUCCGAGGCCAGUCCCAACGUCAGCCCCGUCACGUCCUACGUGCCCACCCCUCCCCCGGCCAAAGACAGACAGCCGGAGACGCCGCGGCGCCGGAUGAAGAAGAGCCUGUCUCAGCCGCUUCACCCCGAGCUGACGGAGGUGUACCGGCUGGGCCCAGACGGCAGGCGGAUCGUCCUGCGGGACACGGUGGAAGCCAUGCCAGACCCCACCCCCUUCCUCCAGGCGGGGAGGGAGUCUCCGGAGCUGCAGGUGGUCCGAGAGCGACCUGCUGUCAUCCCGCCCAUCGCCUCUGAACGCUCCCCGGUCCCGCCACUCGGGGCCACCGCCAGCCCUCGCCACAGCCCCGCCCGAGGCCAGCACCGGGCCCAUAUAGGCGUGGCUCACCGCAUCAGCCACGGCUCCCCCGUCCAGGGGCCCCCUCAGGCCGAGCUGGAGACUUUGGCUGUGGACCAGGUCAGUGAGGAGAAGGUGGUGAGGAAGCGCUCUGGAGCUGACAGGACAGUUUAACACUGCAGUCUCACACACACACAGGCCUGACACACUGUGUAACCCGCUUUCAACGCAACACUGUAAUGUGAAUGAACACGUUUUGUUGGAGGUAUCCAGUAAAAGUCGCGGCUCCUCCGUCCUGACCGUCAAGCAUGCCAAAUACUUUCAUUUGCUACAUGAAGAGAUUCGUGUAACCUGCACUCAUCGUCUGCGGACUCAUCUCUCUGUUGGAACCACGGCCAAAUACAUGCAUCAGUGCCUGCUUGGAUCAACAACACAACUGUAGUCUCUCCUCUGUAGUCCGCUCUGUAGCGCCACCAAGUGUCCGGAUAUAACAACCUAUUUAUACAACACAAUGUCUGUGGCUGCGUAGCAUAGAAGUCACGUUAUGAAAUCAAUACUCGCUGAAUGUCGCUCAUCUUUAUAACCAAGGUGAACUGUAUUGUUACAUGAGUUGGGCAUGAAGAUGACUGGGAUGUUUCAACAGGCAACGCUGUGGAUUUCCACUGUUACACUGUAAAAUGUAUCAAAGACACUGCUGUUACUUCAUUUGUGAUACGAUCAACUUUGCACAUUUAUAAGGAAAUGUUUUUUUAAUUACCUUUAUUUAUGAUUUAGUAGAGAACAGAGCACCUCAGAAAUACAACUUGUCACCAACGCUGAUUUCUUUUCCCCUUUAUUGUUCUUGCUUUUUACAUUAACAUGUCCUGAAGGUUUAUGAAUUAUUUCAAUAAAGAUGUUUUGGAUA